GCCUCUCGCGGGAGGGAUUCCUGGAGACGCUGCAGUGUGGCGGCGCUCCCGGCGCCGCGCAGCCCCCGUGCCGCCUCCGCCGCCCCGCCUGCCUCCCCUCGCCUCGCCUCGCCCUGCCCGCCGGCGGCCGCCACCGCCGCUGAAACUUAACGCCGAGCGCGGGGGGCCGGGGCAGCCUGCCUGCCGCGCCGGGGGCGCUCCGCCCGCGCCCCGCCGCCUCGCCCCGGGAGCUGCCGCCGCGGGGAGAGGCUGAAGGACGGAGCCGGCUGCGCCCGUCCCGGUUGCCAGGGAGAAAAGGAGUAUUUUUCUGAACUGUGAAGAAGAACCUUCGUUCACGAUUCCCCUGUGAACACUGCAUUGAUGCCAGUCAUAUAAGAAGUGUGGAGUCCUGAAUAAACCAGGAGAAGAGAGUUAAGCACACAUUCUCUAUCGUGAACACUUACCCAGGAGUUAAAAUGGUGAGUGAAAGUCAUCAUGAGGCCCUGGCAGCACCGCCAGCAACCACAGUAGCAGCAGCCCCUCCAAGUAAUGUCACUGAGCCAGCCAGUCCAGGAGGAGGGGGAGGAAAAGAAGAUGCAUUUUCUAAGCUAAAAGAGAAGUUCAUGAAUGAACUGAACAAAAUUCCACUGCCACCUUGGGCCUUAAUAGCCAUAGCCAUAGUUGCAGUCCUAUUAAUCCUCACCUGCUGCUUUUGUCUCUGUAAGAAAUGCUUGUUCAAAAAGAAGAACAAGAAGAAGGGAAAGGAGAAGGGAGGGAAGAAUGCUAUUAACAUGAAAGAUGUUAAAGAUUUAGGGAAAAGCAUGAAAGACCAGGCUCUUAAGGAUGAUGAUGCUGAGACUGGGCUGACUGAUGGGGAAGAGAAGGAAGAGGCCAAAGAAGUUGAGAAGCUAGGGAAAAUACAAUACUCUUUGGAUUAUGACUUCCAGAACAAUCAGCUUCUGGUUGGGAUUAUUCAAGCAGCUGAGCUACCUGCAUUAGAUAUGGGUGGUACAUCUGAUCCCUAUGUGAAAGUCUUCCUGCUGCCUGAUAAGAAGAAGAAAUAUGAGACAAAAGUCCACAGAAAGACCCUUAACCCUGUUUUCAAUGAGCAAUUUACAUUCAAGGUGCCAUACUCUGAGCUGGGUGGAAAAACUUUAGUGAUGGCAGUUUAUGACUUUGAUCGUUUCUCCAAACAUGAUAUCAUUGGGGAAUAUAAAGUUGCAAUGAACACAGUGGACUUCGGUCAUGUCACUGAGGAGUGGAGGGACUUGCAAAGUGCAGAGAAAGAAGAGCAAGAAAAGCUGGGUGAUAUCUGCUUCUCCCUUCGUUAUGUGCCUACUGCUGGCAAACUGACUGUUGUCAUUCUGGAGGCGAAGAACCUGAAGAAGAUGGAUGUUGGUGGACUAUCAGAUCCCUAUGUGAAGAUCCAUCUGAUGCAGAAUGGUAAGAGGCUGAAGAAGAAAAAGACUACAAUUAAAAAGAACACUCUGAAUCCCUACUACAACGAGUCUUUCAGCUUUGAAGUACCAUUUGAGCAAAUUCAGAAAGUGCAAAUUGUUGUGACUGUUUUGGACUAUGACAAGAUUGGCAAGAACGAUGCCAUCGGGAAAGUGUUUGUGGGCUACAACAGCACCGGCGCGGAGCUGCGGCACUGGUCAGACAUGCUGGCCAACCCCCGGCGGCCCAUCGCACAGUGGCACACCCUACAGCCCGAGGAGGAGGUGGAUGCCAUGCUGGCAGUCAAGAAGUAAAUUAAAUUAAAUUAGGUUAAAUUGUGAAGAAGAAAAAGACGAAGAAGAAGCCUUUCUGCAUUUGCCCACAUAGUGCUCUUUAGCCAGUAUCUGUAAAUACCUCAGUGAUAUGGGUCCUUUCAUUUCCAGCCAUGUGUUCCUGACACAGAUCAGUUGUACUCUAAAAUUCCCAUUUUAAUUUGCACAAAUUUAAAUGUAGAGAGCCUUUUAAAGGCGCUUCAUUUUACCACCGCCCGCCCCAGAUCUACUCUUCUUUUAAGCAAUAUGAUGUGUAGAUAGAGCAUGACAGAAAUUAUUUAUUGUAUCACACAGUUGUAUAUAUACACCAGUAUGCUGAGAAUUUAUUUCUAGUUUGUGUAUUUGUAUGUUGUAAGCGUUUCCUAAUCUGUGUAUAUCUAGAUGUUUUUAAUAAGAUGUUCUAUUUUAAAUUAUGUAAAUUGACUGAGAUAUAGGAGAGCUGAUACUAUAUUAUAGGGUAACUAUUGUAUCGUCUGCAUUCCAGAAAAAAAAUAUCCAACUUGUAAGGCACUAGUAGUGUUACACUGACAUCUUAAAGGACAACUUAAAUCUGAGCUUUCAACUGGACCAUCCUAAUAACACACUUCAUGUCCACAGUGAAUCUUGGAGGGGCAAAUCCAAUUGGGUAGACUUCUUUCACAGGCAACUUAGCAUGAUCUGAGCAGUUCCAUGGUUGACUUCAUGGAGAUGUAGCCAGAAGCCAGGAUAUCAUUUUUUGUAUAUAUUCCAAAGCCAAACACAUAACAGACUGAAAUGGCUUUAGGUUGAAAGUUGAGGAAGCACUUCCACAGGAGGCAAGAGUUUCAUCUAACAUAUGAAGACAGACCACUGCAGAAGUUGUGCAGGGAGGGGGAAGAGGGAGAUGCAGCAGUAGUAAAAUGCUGCCAGGAAAAGAAGAGUAGCUCUCCAUUAUCACCUUUAUACAAAAUUUGCAUACUGUGAAUUCCAUCCACGAUUUCACAUUAUAAUGAGUUUGCACAUUAGACUUUGUAACAAAAUAUUUUAUGAUACUAACUCAGAUUAGAAGGAAUGCAGAAUAUUUUUUAGACACAGCUGUGUGAGUUUAUUAUACAAAAUAGUUUCAUGGUAAACAGACAGUAUUGUAAUCCCAUCAGAAGAUGACAAAAUUUAGCCAUAGUUCUAAAUGCACUUCAAAGUAAGCCAAAAGAGAACAGCUAGUGACCUUUUAUAUACUAUUUAUACUUAAGUUUUAAUUUGUCCUUUAAAAAAAAAGUGAAAACAAAGAACAAGUUCUAGAAAACUGAAGCAACCUCUUCUGUAUACUAGAUGCUCGUUUCAGGAGGAGUUUUUAAAUGUUUUAAAUGUUAUUAUGUAGUAAAUGGCACUAUUAUGAAGCUAUUAGUCAUUCCAUAAGAGUCUUGAAAGACUGCUCUGUGUAUCACUGUGACUGCCGUGUGUGCUUAGAAAUGUAGUUUUCUCAGUGGAUAGCAAUCAAUUUAUUCCGUAGUGAUAUUGUAAUAAUACUGCCAUUCCCUUCUACUGCACUGCCGAAGGAACGCAUAGCACAAGCAGUUCCAGUUGUUACGGACCAAUGUAGAACUGGAGAGCUAUGCAGGGGACAAGGAUGCUCUAGAGAAUGGGUUGACCACGCAGCAUUUUGUCAAGCCCUGUGCAAUACUCUACAUUUCCAAGCGCCCUCGCCCCUGCUGCUUUCCCGUAGAGUCAUCCCACAGCUCCCCAGCAUGGCAGCUCCGCUGUACCAUCUCAUCAAGUCAUUCAGGGCAUCACCUCUAGCUCAUGUACCGUCCCUGGAGGCCCCUCGCUUAUCUUUCCAAGCUGUGAGUAUAUUUAUAAUGCUUUGAAGAGUUCAUUAUUUUCAGCAAUGCAAACUACCCUAGAAAAGUGGAAAUGCUAUUGCUUUUGGAGGGAGGCAUGAGAAUUAACCAUUAAUGUUUUUACCAGUCUUCUGUGUCUGACAAAGAUGAAUGUAAUCAGAGAACUGUGCACUGCAAACUAAAUUCCACAGCCUCCCUCAAGGCUCUCUGCUUCUGGGAGAACUGUGGCAGUAUCAGAGGUCAGUGCAGGGAUGGCCAAGCACCCCUGUUUUGCAGUACUUUGAGGGUAAAAGCAGCAGCAAAGUACUGGGAGGAGAAUAAAAGCUUGUAUUUCUCCCCACCUCCAAAAGUGAGAAUAGCAAGAUCCAUUUUCUUUCUUUUUUACAUGAAACAUAGAAAAAACACAAGCGAGAAAUUUUCAGAUAGAAACAGGCACAUACAUGCAAAGCAUCAAGCUGGAAUAUUUUAAAAUCUUAUCCUUAAGGACCAAACCCCACCAAAGAGAAGUAGAGAGUCAGCUUUCCAGCCUAAGAGCUUCAUGGUCUCCAGCUUUCAGUUAUUCAUUCAGGAUAGCUGCAGGUUCAAAGUGCCAGGACUGACUUCCUGUGUUAAGAUAAUCUUAAUGCUUUCUCUUCCUACACUGCCAGACUGAACGUCACCCUAGAACUGGUUUGUAAGGUACAAUGAUUCUCAGAGACUGAACCUGCCAUGUGACCAAGAUGACAUUUUUCAUCCUCAAAGAAGCCACAUGUACCUUUCUGACAAAGCUGUGUGAAGUAUUAGAAUCUGAUGCUGUAGAAAGAUCCUAGUUGCCUUUGUGUAUAUUUACUGCCUGCUUGAGUGUUUCUCUGUGUGGGUUUUCUCUGUAUCUUGUAGAAAUGUUUGGGGUGUUUUAUCCUGCCAUAUCGCUCGUGGCCCGCGAGCUGACAACUUUAGCCGUAUUUUACCUUCAUUUUUGAUGAGGUGGUUUAUAUUUUGUUUCACUUUGUGUAGUGACUCCCCACAGUAGAGUUUUCCAAUUGUCGUUAAAAUAACAUACAUAUUACACAGAUAUUCAAUAAAAAUGUUUUAUUUCCUGUUGA